AUGCGCUUGGUGCUUCGCAGUCUUCGCAGUCUUCGGACAGGGCACCAGCAUCCCACCCACUGGAGUCGGCCGAAUUUUCGGCCGGUUGUUCAGCGUCGUCUUCAGUACUUUUCCACAGAGUCCCACACGGGCUUCACAUGCCCUGCCUGCGGAGCACCAUCGUCAAGAUUGGUCUGCAGGAGUUGUGGACGGCUUCACCAAAGCAGUUCCAGUGGCGUCAGUCAUUUUGAGCUACUAGGUGUUGACAGCAACUACGAGGUCGAUCCUCAAGCAGUUGACACUGCCUACAAGGACUUGCAACGCCUCCUUCAUCCAGACAGACAUGUCUCUCAACCAGAGGAGCAGCGGGAGUUGGCCGAUGCACAUUCUGCGAAAGUCAACGAAGCUGCUUGGGACCCCAGAAUGAUCAGAAUGCAGGGGCCGAAGCUAUCCAGAGUUGCCGUGCUCAGGCGCGGCGCCGACCAUUCCAAGUUCACGCCUUGCGUUGAGGUUGCUGACUGUAUCGGUGACACUGAGACCAUGAUGGAAGUGAUGGAAACCAGUGAAGAGUUGGAUGCUGCGAAGACGCAGGACGAGGUGGAUCGGAUCCGCAAGCGCAAUCGCAGCAAGGCCAAUGUGACCCCCAAAGUGACCAAAAAAGCCUUCUUCGAAGUGGCCAUCGGAGGGAAACCCACUGGACGGAUUGUUUUCGGCCUCUAUGGAGAGCAUGUGCCAAAGACCGUUGCAAACUUCGAGGCGCUUUGCAAGUGCGAUAAGGGUCCACCCUACUGCUACAAAGGUUCGCCAUUUCAUCGUAUCAUCCCUGGCUUUAUGGUGCAGGGUGGAGACACCACCCAUGGAAAUGGCACUGGCGGGAAGUCAAUCUACGGUGAGCGCUUCGCGGACGAGCAGUUUGGUGUGCCUCACAGUCGAGGUGGAUUACUCAGCAUGGCGAAUGCUGGCCCUGACACCAAUGGCUCUCAGUUCUUCAUCACCACAGCAGCGGCACAUCACCUGGAUGGCAAGCACGUUGUCUUUGGAGAAGUUCUGGAAGGUGAUCAAGUCGUGAAAGCUCUGGACUCUCAUGGAACUCGCUCUGGGCGCCCCACUGCGGAAGCGAAGAUUAUGGACUGUGGUGUCUUGCCGGACAUCGAGUAG